AUGCACUCGCAUCCAAUAACUUACAGCUAUUCAAACUCCUUCCCCGCCAAAGAAGCGCUCAUCACGGCUGUCUCGCAUUCUCGUGACGCUUUCACGCCCCUGCUUGGAGCCAUCGCUCUUUACUUUCUUGCUCUUGACGGGUCUUCCCAGCGUGCUACCUGGCGCGUGAAGCUCAUCGAGUCUCUGAAACUGCAGCACCGACUGAUGGAUUCGCUGGAGGAAGUAGUGGAACGGCUUCUUCAAUGUCCCGCGGGAAUGAUUUUGGACAGCACGAAGGAAAAUCCUUGUGAACUGGAUUGGCUCUUCUCGUUCAUCGUCAACGGCACAAGUCACGUCCACCUUCCUGUGUACUUCUUUUUGGGAGAGGGAGACGCGGCCGUGAUACGAGCAACUCAUCUGGAGGCUUACCCUUCAAUGCACGCCAUCCGGCUAGAUGUCCAGCAUCGAAUCCAUGCCAUGAUCCUUCUCCCUCCAACUCCAGUUGCAACUGAGGAGUACGUCUUUGUCCAGUCAGACAUGCGUCAAUUCGGCAUCAUCCCCAAUCCGGAGUACUACGCAGCUUUGGAGACCGAGAGAUGGCAGUUUCCGCCUGUCAAGCCCUUCAGCGGUCAGAAAGCAGGGGAGAGCUAUGUGGACUUCUUUGCCCGUCGCAAAGCCCGCAAUGAGCACAAGCUUGAAGCAGAGACCAAUCAGCACCGGCAGACGCGCCUCCAGCGUGAACAGAAUGCCAAGUCACAGAGUUGCCCAGGCAAAAAGGGUGCUCGGGUUUUCAUCUGGGAGCAGAGAGAUCAUUUCUGGAUACGUCGACUGGUCCAACGAGGUGAAGUCGAGGACGAAUGGGUCAAUUUCGCCGAGUCGCAGUGUGUGUACGACUUGUUUGCAAACAAAUGGGAUCUCUGUACACCACUGAAUCCCGAAGCUCAAGUAUCGUACGACGACGACAACGACAACGACUUCUAUUCCCAAGCAUUUGCGCAAGACUUCGACAAUAACCUUCCCACGGGACUCUCAGAGGAAAUGCAAUCAAAGCUGAACGACGCUUCUGCGGUCAUGCAGCACGUCGACAAGUACCAUGCAAUGAACGUGGAGGAAGAACGUCUGUGGGUCACACCUGUGCUCGAUGCUACUGCUCAAAACCCCGUAAGAGCCGUUCUCGAAUACCGCGUCGGGCUUCUUGACAGUCCCGGGAGCUCGUUUUCCGAGGACGAGAUGCUUCGGACUGACAUCAGCACCCAUUUCCUGGGCGACGGACUUGCGUCCACACCCAAGCCAUUGAGUGAUGCGUCACGGGCUUUACUGAAAGCAUUGAACAAGGCCAAAGUCGUCAACAAUCUGCCACGCGAACUGUUCGACUUGGGAAACAAGGAGAUCGCUGACAAUGUCUGGUUCAGCAGUGGACUUGUCGUGACUGUGCUUGAGGAUAUACGCGACAAACCACAUCGCAGUACGGGAUACGUGCUCAAGCCACGCAACCAAGGUGAAGGCGGCCGCGAGGUUCUGCUCUUCAGUGCCGCCACACUCAUGUACCUUGUUCAUCGACGGUGCCAGAAUCACUUUGAAAUCAUCUCGCAUUUGCAUGACCUUGGAGCUCCCUUUACCAUUGUGGUCGAGGGCUCCACUUUGGGUCCGUCUUCGUACCAGCCAGAACUGUUCCGUUGUCACAGCCUCGGAGUCCGUCCAGAGGGUUACAAGCCAGACCAACACGAUCUCUGCACGUAUUGGGACUUACUCAAGCGCUUUUUGCUUUCCCUGCGCGGUCGACUCGCGCUCCAAGCCGGUGGUGUCGUUGCUAGGCUUGCUCGCAUGAUUAUCCAUGACUCAAACUUGAAGUUGUGUUCGGAUGAUGUUGACAUUGAGAUGGCGGAGCAGCAACUGCGAAGCGGUGCCACCUCACUGUACUAUCAUGCCUUGACUUGA